UAUAGAAAUGUAGCCUGAGUAGUUAAGCAAGCAUCUUUCAUGAAAGAAUUCAGGUUUUCUUACUAUUAUUUCUAUAUAAGGGACUCCAACAGCAGAGAGGAAAGAAAAUGACAAUGAGUGAAUUCAGCUUCAGGAAGGAAAUGAAGAGCUUUGGCUUGCAAAUACUUGCCGGUCGAUGGUUUUCGGUGUUUGCUUCACUCCUGAUUAUGUCUGUAAAUGGCACCAGUUAUAUGUAUGGUCUAUAUUCCGGCGAGAUCAAAUCGUCUUUAGGCUAUGAUCAAACUACGCUUAAUACUCUGAGCUUCUUCAAGGAUUUGGGAGGCAAUCUUGGUAUUUCAGCAGGUCUUGCCUAUGAAAUAAUGCCGCCUUGGGUGGUUCUUGUCAUUGGUGCAGUCAUGAACUUUUCUGCAUAUUUCUUGAUAUGGAUAGCAGUUACUGGCCGCAUAGCCAAGCCCCAUGUCUGGCAAAUGUGCCUGUAUAUGUGCCUUGCCACAAAUUCAGCAUCCUAUCCCAAUACUGCAGCUCUAGUCACAUGUGUCAGGAAUUUCCCUGAAAGCAGAGGCAGUGUAAUAGGCCUCCUGAAGGGGCUUAUCGGCCUAAGUGGUGCAAUUUUGACACAAAUUUACCACGCUUUCUAUGGUAAUGACUCCAAGGCUCUUAUCUUGCUAAUUGCUUGGUUUCCAGCCAUUGUUCCACUGGUUUUUCUCCGAACAAUUCGGAUCAAGAAGAUUGUUCGACAAGUGAAGGAGGUUCAAGUUUUCUAUAAUUUCCUCUAUAUUGCACUUGGCCUCGCUGGGUUUGCAAUGAUCAUCAUUAUCAUACAGAACAAGCUCACGUUUACUAGACCUGAGUACAUUGGAAGUGCUUCAAUUGUCAUCCUGCUACUUUUUCUCCCACUUGCAAUUGUUAUUAGAGAAGAAUUCAAUCUCUGGCAAAGCAAGAAACAAGCUCUCAACAACCACUCUCAAUUGAAUGCUGCAGCUGAAAAUCCACCGGUUCUGCAUCCACCACAACCUCCAGAAGCAAAACUGGAGCCACUCUCUUGCUUUAAGAACAUUUUUAGGCAACCAGAUAGAGGUGAGGACUACACUAUACUGCAAGCAAUUUUCAGUAUUGACAUGCUAAUUUUAUUCAUUUCAACAACUUGUGGUGUUGGUGGGGCAUUAGCAGCCAUCGACAAUUUGGGUCAAAUUGCUGAUUCAUUAGGCUACCUAUCUCAUAACAUAGCCACUUUUAUAUCCCUGGUCAGCAUAUGGAACUUCCUUGGAAGAGUCCUAGCAGGUUUUGCCUCAGAAAUAGUCUUGACAAAGUACAAGUUCCCUCGUCCCCUAAUGCUAACAUUUGUGAUCCUCUUCUCUUGUGUUGGGCAUAUUUUAAUUGCUUUUGGGGUGCCUAAUUCUCUUUAUUUCUCAUCAAUCAUUCUUGGGUUCUGCCUUGGAGCACAAUUGCCAUUAGUUUCUGCCACAAUAUCAGAAAUCUUUGGGCUCAAACACUUCUCCACUUUGUAUAGUGUUGGAUCUGUAUCAAGCCCAGUUGGGUCCUAUAUUUUCAAUGUGAAAGUGACUGGUCAUUUAUAUGACAAGGAGGCCUUGAAACAAAUGGAAGCCUUAGGCAUUAAAAGAGAAGCAGGGAAGGAGUUGAAUUGUGAUGGGGUCCAUUGCUUUAGGCUGGCUUUUGUUGUGAUUGCUGUGGCAACCUUUGUGGGGUUUCUUGUUUCAAUUAUUUUGGUGCAUAGGACAAGAAUAUUCUACAAAGGUGAUAUUUACAAGAAGUUUAGGGAGGAGGAAGUAAUAGAGGUAGUGGAGAUUGAUACAGUAUCUAGAAGAACAGGAGUCAUUCAAUUGGAAGAAGCUGCAGGAGCCAAGGAUACUGUGGCUGCUGCCACUGUUUCCACUGCCAUAAAUCACAACCAAAGUAAAAUAAGUUAGAGAAUUUCAUCAUUAAAAGAUUGAUUAUACUUAGAUGGGAAAGGUGAUUUGUGGUUAAUUACAUUUUUAAUUUGUUGAUAGUAGGAUCUAGUAUAUGGAUUGUAUCUCAAAUUUGUAAAUUCAAAUUCCUAUUUAUUGUAGACUCAGAAUAACUAUAUAUAUA